AAGGAGCCUGCCUUAGCCCCGCUGCGCCCGCUGACUGGAGUUUUCAUGGCCCAGUCAGUGGUGCUGACCAGAGCCGCCAGGGUCUCUUUUUGACCAGGCGUUCUGGUGGAAAACGGACACCUGCCGACCCUAAGGGGCCCUGAUGUAACAUUUCUGCUCCAAAUCCCCUUCAUUUUAUUUAGCCUGGCCUGUGUCACGUGUGCAAGUCCCACUGUGGACCCAACACCUAGUAGGUUUUCAUUUAGCAUUUUUCUUCUUUUGCCUGGCUGAAAAUUUGUCUUGCCUCGAUGGAAAUAUUUUUUUUCAUAGAAUAACAUCAUCUAGUUGAGGAUACGGAAUUCUUCUUCAAGGCUGGACUGCUGCAGUAUAACUGUUGCUAGUUGGCACUCUAGUAAUUCUGCUCAUGUUAACACUGGGUGACGACAUAACUUCCACAGUGCUUCCUCCUGAAGCCUACCUUUCUGUUGAGCCAUUGAGUACCAAACCAUACUUAUUCAUAUCAUCAGCUUUUCAGUUUCCCUGUGGAUAUAAUUGUACUGCUUAUGACUGUAGUAUUUAAGUCGUGGAACUGAAUUCAUAUAUUGUGAUGGUUAGAAAACAGUUUAUAAUGGCAAUGCUGUUAAUUUUAAAUUUCCUAAUUGACUCUCAUGUCAAGAAUCAAUGGUUUUACUUGGUAAUGUUUAAAUCUCAGAACCAGUCAAUUAUUUACAGAUAAGGACCACUUUCCUCAGUUAGUGUUUCCUACAGGUUAAGUGAGUAUCCAUUUUUCUUAGUGGUUUUAUACUUCUUUUUCUGUGCUAUGGCAGCUGCUACAAUAGUUCAUGAUGCAUCAGAAGCAGUAGAGCUCUGUGCUUCCUAUGGCUUAUACCUUAAACCCAUUACAAAAAUGUCUAUCAGCGUGGCACUUCCUCAGCUCAAGCAACCAGGAAAAUCCAUUUCCAACUGGGAAGUGAUGGAAAGACUAAAGGGAAUGGUGCAAACUCAUCAGUUUUCCACACUACGGAUUUCCAAAAGCACCAUGGAUUUCAUCCGUUUUGAAGGAGAAGUUGAAAACAAGAGUUUGGUUAAGUCCUUUCUAGCAUGCCUUGAUGGCAAAACAAUAAAACUUAGUGGUUUCUCUGACAUUUUAAAAGUUCGUGCUGCAGAAUAUAAAAUUGACUUUCCUACUAGACAUGACUGGGACUCCUUUUUCCGUGAUGCCAAAGAUAUGAACGAAACUUUGCCAGGGGAGAGACCAGAUACCAUUCACUUAGAGGGGUUACCUUGCAAAUGGUUUGCACUGAAGGACUCUGGCUCAGAAAAACCAAGUGAAGAAGUCCUUAUAAAAGUAUUUAAGAAAUUUGGGGAAAUACGUAAUGUGGACAUACCCAUGCUGGACCCAUAUAGAGAAGAAAUGACUGGUAGAAACUUUCACACCUUCAGUUUUGGAGGUCAUUUGAAUUUUGAAGCUUACGUUCAAUAUCAUGAGUAUGCAGGUUUCAUCAAGGCCAUGAAUGCCCUGCGAGGGAUGAAACUGAUGUACAAGGGUGAUGAUGGCAAAGCAGUGGCUUGCAAUGUAAAGGUUUCCUUUGACUCAACAAAACACCUGAGUGAUGCAUCAAUUAAGAAACGGCAGCUUGAACGUCAAAAGCUUCAAGAGCUUGAACAACAAAGAGAAGAACAAAAACGCAGAGAGAAAGAAGCAGAAGAGAAAAAAAAGGAGGAGGAAAGGAAACAGAAGGAACUUGAAGAACUUGAGAGAGAGAGAAAAAGACAAGAGAAGUUACGCAAAAGAGAACAGAAACAGAAGGAUCGUGAAGCUCGUAGAAACAAAAAGAAACUUGAAAAAAUGCAAGCAGAAGAGCAGAAAAAACUGCAAGAGAAAAUAAGACUAGAAGAGAGAAAGCUCCUGUUGGCACAAAGAAAUCUUCAGUCCAUUCGACUAAUUGCCGAACUGCUUAGCAGAGCAAAGGCAGUAAAGCUUCUGGAGCAGGAACAUAAUGAAGAAAGAGUCCGUCUUCAGGAGUUGGAGGAGAGACGAAGGCUGCAAGAGGCUGAACUCAGACGUGUAGAGGAGGAAAAAGAGAGAGCACUUGGACUGCAAAGAAAAGAGAAGGAGCUAAGGGAGAAGCUAUUAAGCAAUCUCCUGAGCAAGAAAACAGAUGACACACAUCAGAGUAAGGAGGAAACUAAGGUAUCUCAGUCUGGCCUAUUGAAAACUGUUGUGGGUGGUCCACAGAUUGUGUCAUCCAGCUGUAUAACAUCUACCUCGGUACAGUCCAUUAUGGGUAAACCAAAUCAGGUCUAUCAGAGGGAAGUAAUAUCCAAUGAAAGUGUGAACUCUCAAUCCAAGUAUUUAAAUGGAAACCUUCACAAGGAAGCUAAUGUUAAGGAAAGCAAGACACUUAAUUUUAAUAGCACAGACAGUUGUUCUGAUAAAAGGAGUUCAGGUGUGCUUUCUUGUAUUCCUGCCAAUAACCAGCAACACAAGAGUACGCCAAGCUAUGACCAGAAUGCGUGCAGGAAGGACUUAUCCUCUGAGCAAGGCAAAUGUAACAGAGAGCCAAGUAAGGGGAGGAGCCAUUCAUGUAGUGACACAAGUGUUGAUAAUAGCAAAGAUAAAAAGGAAAGGAGCAAACACAGAAGAGACUUGAGUAGUGAAGAUGAAAAAUAUAUGAAAGAAAGAAGACUCCAUAAAUACCCUAGCAAAAGUCGCAGCCCUCACCGAAGAAGCUUAAGCCCAGAUCGCACCCAGCAUAAGAGGGCCUUGAGUACUGAGAGUAGACAAGAUAAGAAAGAGAGAAGUCAUGGUCACAAAAGCUUGAGCAAGAAACGAAAGCACCGAAAGAGAUCAUUGACUAAGCAAAGAAGUCCUUGGAGUAGGUAAUAAAGGAAUUUGCCUUCAAAAAAGGCUAUUACAGGACAGAUCAAGGCCAGAAAGUUCUGAAGUAGAUCUCAUCUGUGUGACUACUGUGGGGAAAAAAUGAAGUUGCUGUUUGGUGAAUCUAGUUCAUGGAACCAAGAUACGGAUAACUAGAUUUUGAUGUUUCUUUAUGAUCUGUUUUGUCUCCUUUUUUAUAUUAUGACAGUGCUCUAGAUUUAACCAACCUAACUUGGUUUUCAUUAGUUUUCAUUUUCUGAAUCUUUUGAUUAGAUCGCUUAGUUUCUAAUGUCUGCAAUCAUAACAUCCUCUGAAUUAGGAGAGAUAUAGGUGUCAGUUAUCAGGAUUCCAGUCUUGGCAAGUUAUUGUGUACAAAAUAUUUGAUUACAAACCUUUCCUUAUGCACUCAAUGAAAAAACAUGUAGCAAAGCAGAAUUUUUGCUAAUUGAGCCAGGGGGCAGUAUUUUUUUAUGAAAUUUGGAAGUGACCAUAAUAUUUACAGAAUAUCUUUUAAACUGUGCUGCAAUGCCUCCAUUGUUUUUUGAAGUGUAUUUACUUUGUGGAAAACCAUAAGGCCCAAAUGAUCAUGGCAUCUAAUGCCACUUAUACAUUUCAGAAUUCUUUUCUGUUUCAGAAUAGGUGCACUGUUAUGCUUUUAGAACACCAGGAAAUAUUCAAAAAUGGCCAGAAAGCUGCUCUGUCAUGUCUUUAAAAUGUUUUGGCUGUUUCUAAUUAUUUAAAAUGGUAUGGAAACAGUUACAUUUAUGUUUCAAGUACAUACAGAUGUGUUGUUUUUUGAAAAGGGGCCUUCUUGCUAAAUUAUAUUUUACUUGCAAUGUUCAGAUUCAAGGAUGCAAUUUAUCUAGUUAAAAAUAAUUUUUUAUAACAUUUUGCUUCUAAAACUGAAGCUCAGGAAUCUUAAAACAGCUUGUAACAUGAAGGUGAAAGAACAGUUUAGUUUUCAUUUUUAUGGUAAACUUGAAAAAUCUAUUUCCAGAGAACCCAAAUUGCUGUUUUCAUAUGUCAGUACAUUAAAAAUUUGCAAAAGUACUAUAUUAAAACUUGCUUUGUUUGUGACAUUUGUUUUGAAAAAAAUAUUUGAAGUCGUGGUUCAUUAAUGAAAUUGACCCAUCUUUUGAGAUAUCCCUGUAAUUCUCCACUAUAUUGAAUGAGAUCACUAACUUUGUAGUGUUAGUUUUGGGUCAGAACUUAUGAUAUAUGGCUACUUCCUGGAGACUACACAAAAUGAAAACACUGGUGUGCAGCCCAGUGACUUCCCCCAGCUGGUGGUUUCUACCAACCUGCUCUUGCAGAGCUCUGUGUAAGGGGUUAGAUUUUCUUAUAGCCUGAGUCUGCUGAAAACUUUUCACCUUCCCCUCAGUUCUAGCUGCUGAAAAAGGAGCAUUUCCCCAAUCCUCUGCAUUUUCAUUGCCACGUGGCUACUGUACCCCAGCCCUAGGCUUUUUUAGACUUCCUUCCCGCUGAAUAGCUCCUGUACCUUUG